AUGUCAUCACCGUCGGGUUCCGCUGCUCAGGAAACGAGCUACAUCAUGAGAGACAAAGCCGACGCUACGCUAGUCGGCAAGCAUUGCCAAUACGAAUACUGCAACCAACUCGACUUUUUGCCCUUUCUUUGCCAGUCCUGCACCAAGACCUUUUGUUUAGAUCAUAGAACAGAGUCGUCACACAAAUGCGCGAACCCCGGAGCAUGGGCAGAGCGGAAGAGACAGGCCAGCUUGGCCAAGCCUUCCAUUGGCCAAGGGAGGACUCUACGUGACAAGGUAUCGGAAAAGCCUUGCUCGUCGCCAGAAUGCAAGACUGUUGUCGGAACGUCUCUGACGCCCGGAGUGCACUGCGAUUCAUGCAAUCGCGAUUACUGCUUGAAGCAUCGAUUAAAGGAGGACCACAACUGCAAGAACUUGGUGCCUAUUGGAGCCCGACCUAUGCAAAUCGAUGUCGCGCAAAAGACUCGAUCAGCACUUGACAGGCUGAGGGCUUGGGGAUCGGCCAAGAAGGAACAGGCGGGGAGAGCGCUGCCGAAACCGAAACCUAGCUCUGCUGCUGCUCGAAUAGUGGCCACAAAGAAGCUCAAGGAGACCGCCAAGGGCGACAAGAAAGUCGCAGAGGAGAAGCGCAUCUAUCUGUAUGUUGAGGCUGAGGCAGAAACUGCCAAGGCCAAACUGCCCAAGGGCGAUUUCUUCUUCUCCAAGGACUGGGUUGUUGGCCGCCUACUAGACCAGGCUGCGACUGGUUUACAAGUCCAAAAUGUCAACAACCAGAGCUCCGAAGAGAAGGAUAAAUUGCGUGUAUUUCAUGUGGAAGGAGGGAGAAUCCUAGAUUACGGCGAAAAGAUUGGAGCGGCAUUGCAGAGCGGGAACACUGUUAUUUUGUUGAGGGGAGUUGGAGCACCGGCGGACUUGAUAGAAAUGUGA